AUGGAUUCUGAUCGCAGAAUCUUCAAAGUGCACUUGACACCCCAGAUUAACAUCCAAGAACUACCAGUCAUCGAGUCAAGCAUGAUCAGUAAACGGAAUCUUUCCAAUGCAUGGCUGGUGGCUUGUGGCGAUAUGCUACUCUUGGUCGGCUGUCGGGGAUCUAUUGUGGUAUCAGGGGUAACCUUUGAAGUCUUUCGCCUUGACCUAUCAUUUGAGCCUGCACUGUGGUUCAAGGUGGAGAAGCUAGAGCAUUGGGCGAUAUUCAUCAGCACGGACAAGAGAAGCCAGGCUUUGUCUUGCAUGAACCCAGAGAUAUGGGGAGGGCGGAGCAACUGCAUAUACUGCUAUAACCAGGAGUCUGAACGUUGGAUUUCACUUGAGCUCGGCAAGCCGCUGCAGGGAGAUGUCUUUAUUUUUAUGGGUUGUGAUGGCAAGGUGCAACCUAUGUGGGUUAUCCCCAGCAUGCUCUCUGUGUGUAGGUGA